GCCAUUUCGACUGCUCUCCAGCAAUCUCUGUUAAAUGUCUUUCGCGAUGCAUGCAACAAGGGCUCACCUGCUGAAAUUGAACACGUCCUGCAAGAAGUAAAGGGCCACCUCUUCAAUCGCGACUUUGCCACUGCUUUUGGAAAAGAUGAGUAUCUCGAGGCAUAUGCUGCGAGGUGGAGCCCCAGCAGAGCAUUGGGCUAUGCGCAGAUCUUCUCUGACCUCACUCCUGAGAUUGCUGAGCUACUUGAUCAGAAUGCAGACUCGUCCAAGCCUCUGAACAUUGUUUGUCUAGGCGGUGGAGCAGGUGCUGAAGUUGUUGGUUUUGCUGGCUGGCUCAAGCAUCUGAGAGACAAUACAUCUGCAUCUGAUGAAAAGCCUCACGCCGACAUCUCCAAACUCGACAUUUUUGGUAUCGACAUUGCCAAAUGGGAUAAAGUCAUGCAAGAUCUUCACCAAGGCGUCAUCACCCCUCCGGUUUUGUCCAAAUAUGCUUCCGCGGCUGCAAAAGCCGCCAACAAGGCCGUACUCCCUUCAGAAGUCUUCAACGUGCGCUUCAAGCAACAAGAUAUCCUGGAUACCGACGCUGCUGGAGUCAAUGAUCUGCUCGCUAACAGCGACAUUGUUACUAUCAUGUUUACCUUGAACGAGCUGUACAGCACCUCGGUAGCAAAGACUCAGAGAUUGUUAUACUCAUUGACAGCCUCGAUGCGCUCAGGAUCGCUGUUGCUGGUCGUAGACAGCCCUGGAAGCUACUCUACGGUUACACUCAAUGAUGCUACCCAAAAGUACCCUAUGCAAUGGCUACUCGACCACACAUUGUUGUCACCAAAGAAGAAUGCAGAGAAGGGCACGCCUGCGCAAUGGAAAAAGCUGGUUUCUGACGAGUCGAGAUGGUUCAGACUGCCUGAUGAGGAUCUGAAGUACCCAAUAGACCUCGAAAACAUGCGCUACCAGAUUCAUCUAUACCAAAGA